UUGACUGCAAUGAUUUGCAACAGAACACUGCAUUCAAAACUAAAUUAUUGAACUCAUUGGAUUUCGAUAGCUCUGUGAGUGAGUGAGUGUGAAUGCUUCUUGACAAACAUACCACACCUCUAAAUGAUAACAGAUAAAUGCUGUAACUCGACACACCCUCUAUCAUUUCACCUCCUUCAGCUUCAAGUCAAAAUGUACCUUAUUGUACCCAUCCUCGUGAGCCUGCUUCUCCCCAAAGCAUUUUCACUCAAGUGCUUUGAGUGCACACCAGGAGUAUCAGGAGCAUGCACCGACAAGGAGACGGACUGUCUUUAUCCAACCCAAUGUGGAAGCUCGCGGGUCGUAUCCUAUGCGGGUGAUACAAAAGUAGUGGAUAUCAACGCGAAGUCUUGCGCGGUGCCUGCUGAGUGUGUCAGUGCAGCAAUGAACUUCGGAAUCUCGCGCACAACGAUCGCAAGCAAAUGCUGCAAUACGGACCUCUGCAACUCCCAAAGCGUCCCUGAGUCCACUAAAGCUCCUCCUAAUGGCAAGAAGUGCUUCACCUGUACCGGAACGGACUGCAAUAGCACUCUGAGCUGCUUGGGAGACGAGGACCGCUGCAUCUCAGCAACAGUGAACACGGGUGGCAUGAAGAUAACAAUGAAGGGAUGUGCCUCCAAGAAAUUCUGUGUGGGAGACGUGUCACAAGCACUGGGGCCCACCAUGGACAUGAAGUGCUGCGAGGGCAACCUGUGUAACAACGCCCAGAGCAUCGGACUGAGCCUCCUGCUCCUGGUGACAUCCAUGGUCUCUGUUGCCCUGUUCUACUGAGAGACACUGUGCCUUCACCUCCUUACCUCUCUUCCUCUCCUGGGCAUUGCCUCGUUCUGUUUACUAGUUCCAUCGUAACAGGAGCUUCCCUGUCAUUGUCCACCCCCCCAUCUCCCCAUGCCCCAGCCCCAGUCUCCACUAUCUACCUGUUGUGUGUAUUAAUAAUGGAUGUUAUUGAAUAGCCCCUUUCACUGGACGCUUCCUUGGAGCGUCACAUUAUGUAGGGUUAACUCAACCCCUUCACCCCCGCGAGCAUAAUGCUGCAGCCACCUGUGGAAUGCACUAUAGCCAUUUCAUUUUAGGGACAGCUCUCGCAA